AUGACAGAAUUACAACAACCACCAACAGCAUCAUCAACCACUGCAACAAACACCACCACUAUCAACGAGGACAUUAUCCGAACUGGAUCUUGUCGAUGUGGUCAUUUACGUUUCGCAGUGAAAGGCAACUCGUAUGAAUAUUGUUCCUUGUGUCAUUGUCGAUGUUGUCGUUUGGGCACUUCAGCUCCCGUGUCAUUGGUCAUUGGUGUUCCAAAAGACAAAUUCGAAUGGAUUUCAGGUCGUGAACAUGCAUUGAAAGUGUGUAAAAUUUCAGAAACUUUUGAAGGUUAUUAUUGUGGAGAUUGUGGUGGAUAUGUGGCUCAGGGAGGUCAAGAUUAUCCAUUCAUGAGUACUUUGGUGUGUGUUUUUGAUGAUAUCAAGAAGGAAUUUUGUCCGAGGGAUAAAUUCGAGCAAGAUGAAGGAAUGAAACAAUUUUUCACACCCAAGGAUCAUGUGAAUUAUGAGAAUCGAGUGAUUGAUUUUCAUGAUGAAUUACCCAAGUAUAUGGAUUUCCCUGGUCCCUUUGGUUCUGGAAGAAUAUAUGGUCAGGAAUAA